AUGAUGAACUCAGAUGGAUUCUUUUUCUUCAAAUUUGAUUCGAAAGAUGGUAUGAUGAAAGUUUUGGAAGGAGGGCCAUGGCUUAUACGUAAAAUCCCUUUAUUUUUGAAUGUGUGGUCGCCUAAGGUUAGUCUUAAGAAAGAUGGGAUUAAAUCUGUUCCUGUGUGGGUAAAAUUGCACAAUGUUCCAAUUACAGUGUACACGGGAGAUGGUUUGAGUCUGCUAGCAUCUAAACUAGGGGUUCCAAAAAGAUUGGAUUCUUACACGGCUGAUAUGUGUGCUGAGAAUUGGGGUAGGAGUAGUUAUGCUCGAGCUAUGAUUGAAGUCAGUGCGGACAAAGAACUUAAAGACCAUGUUGUGCUUGCUAUUCCAAAGAUGGAUGAGGAGGGGUAUAUAACUGAACGUGUAAAGGUUGAAUAUGAAUGGAAACCCCUUCGGUGUGCGACAUGUUGUUUGUUUGGGCAUGAUGAGAAUACGUGCAGUAAGGUGGAUAGGGGUAAAUCCAAGCAGGUAGUCGUUGAUGAUGAAGGUUUUGUCACGGAUAGGAGGAGGGUAGCGAAGCAUUCUUUUCCGCAAAAGAAACAAAAACCUAAAGUGAUUUAUCGACCGAAGUUGAAUAAGAAUGGGGCAAGUACUUCCGGAACCAAAAAAGAUGACGGUAAUGAGCCUAAUGAUCCGCAAACGGUUAAGCUGGUGAAUUCGUUUGAGGCGUUAGCAGAUGAAGGUGAUGGCAACGGGGUAAAGAGUGAUAGCACUCAACUUCCAGAAAAUAUUUAUGAUCAUGUGGAUGAGGUUUUAGAAGUUAACCCAACUGAGAUGGCUAAUUUCAUGGGUAGAAAUGUCACUAAUGAUCGGUCUGAGGGGGCAAGCACUCCCGGUGAUGCGGUUUUCAAUGGAUAG